AUGUUUUUCGGUGUGACAAGUUUAUUUGCAUGGUGGAUCGGCCUCGGUGUGAGUGCUUUGAUUGGCGGUCUUAUACUCGUCGCCUGUGCAGCUUGUCUUAUGUAUGCUGUGCAGACUGGAAGAAAUAAGUUUUACUGGCCGUUCUUGGUUUGUAAUGUAAGUUUUGACAUUUUUACGCAGUAAAUCUUACUGUACUUGUUGUAUAUGAAGUUAGGAGCUCUACAAUUAGCGGUAUUACUUUUUACUGUGUUAUUACAGUGAUAUUUGGUAUACAUAGUACAUUAGUAAUUGGUAUAUAACGUGUUAAUGUAGGUAACACCGCACUUUUCAGCUACUAUACAUCAUUAUCAAAGUAGUGCUGUUAGUAAUUUCUUGGUUAUCAUACUAUAACAACCCAGCGACUAAAGACGGUCUUUCUGCUGAAGAGAGUGCUGAAGGCAAGGAUCCUCUACAUGAUAUGAAAAUCAUACUGCCGAUUGUAACAGCACUAUAUUCCAUUGAAAUAUUAUUACAGAUUUGGUUUGAGUAUGUUGUGGGAAAAAGCUAUCGAAGGCUGGGGAUUCCUUGA